GAACAAAAUCCUUUUAUAUGAGAAUGACGUUUUUCUUUCACAUAUUUUGUAUUUUUUAAUUAAUGGUGGAUAUGUAAUUUCUUUUUUUACAUUAUUGUUAAUGUAGCUAAUUUGUACAUAAUUCAACUCUACAAUGUUUAAUAACAUAUUUAAUUUAAUUUUUUUUUGCUGACGUCAAUUAAAUUUACAUAGUAUACUACAUUAUUUUUUGUUAUAAAAUAACUAAGGAUGGCGAAUGAAGUUGUAUAUGGAACUCAGGAUGACAAUCAUAUUGUUAUGUCUGAAAAAGUACAGUCUUUAGCUGGUAGUAUUUAUCAAGAGUUUGAGAAAAUGAUAGCCAAAUAUGAUGAAGAAGUUGUGAAAAAUUUAAUGCCUUUAGUAGUCAAUGUGUUGGAGUGUUUAGAUCUUUCUCAUACAGAAAACCAAGAGCAUGAAGUUGAAGUUGAAUUAUUACGUGAAGAUAAUGAGCAACUAGUUACACAAUACGAAAGAGAAAAACAACUACGGAAAUCAGCUGAACAGAAACUUAUUGAAAUGGAUUAUGAAUUAGAUGAUGUUAAAAAAGAUUAUCAAAGUAAAACCGAAAGCUUGGAAUCCAUCGUAAGAAUGCUUGAGUUAAAAGCAAAAAACGCUUCAGAUCAUGUCUAUAGGUUAGAAGAAAAAGAACAAGAUAUGAAACAAGAAUAUACAAAAUUGCACGAAAGGUAUACAGAAUUAUUUAAAACACAUAUGGAUCAUAUAGAGAGAGCAAAAAUAUUAAUGGGCUCCGGUGAUCGAAUGGAUAAUACAAGAAGUAUGCGAAUGCCAUUUAUGAGUAUGACACAUAUGAAUCGAUCAUCUGGACCAAUUUCAUUUGGUUUUAGUUCUCUUGAAGGUGGUCCAUCUACACUUAAAUCUGUUGAUGGUAUGAAUGAAUAUCCAUUAAUUUCUACAAAUUCACCUCCUGGAAGUUUGCAUUCUACUUCUAGCCUUAAAAAUGAACUUCAAUCACAGGAUAUUGAAUAUUCAGAGACAGGAUCUCGGCCUUGUAAUGAUCCAGUUUCUGAAAGAGGAUGGUCUGAAACUUUAAAUUCAGUUAGUAAAGUUGAUAGCAGUCCAGAUGAAGCCCCAGACAUAGUAGAAGAAGUUGAAACGGGACAUAGAAAUUCUGUUUUGUCCCUGAGUGGUCGGAGUCAUACUCAAAAAGAACAAAGAACUGCUACUAAUGUUCUUUAUCAAGAGUUUAGUUUUCAAGAUAAUGAAGGUCAAAAUGAAAUUGAAGAUAUGCCAGAUAUUACAGGGAAUUGGGUUCACCCUGGAGAUUAUGCAUCAUCUGUUAGCAGUGAAACUGAGCCAGAUACUCCUCUUUCUAUAGUUAAUGAUAAUUUUUUUGGUAUGGGAAAAGAAGUUGAAAAUCUGAUCAAAGAAAAUACAGAACUUUUAGCAACAAAAAAUGCUUUGAACAUAGUAAAAGACGAUUUAAUUAUUAAAGUAGAUGAACUAACAAGUGAACAACAUAUUUUACGUGAAGAAAUUAAAGCAUUACAAACUCUUAAUUUACGCUUAAACCAAAGAGCUACUGAUUCUGAGGAAGAACUUAAAAAAUUAAAACAAGAAUUGGAACAAAUUAAAAUUAAUAAAUCUGAUUCUGAUGAAGAAAAGUCUUAUGCUGAGCGUAAACGUUUUACUCGUGUAGAAAUGGCCAGAGUAAUACUUGAGCGUAAUAAAUUUAAAGAACAGUUAAUGGAUUUAGAAGAAUCACUUCGUUGGCAAGAGACGGUUCGUGCUAUUCGGUUGGAGCCAAAUGAGAAAAAAAAACAGGGUGUGUGGAGACUUUUUAGUAACUUGUUUGGAGGUGGUGCCAAAGCAGAUGAUACAGGACUUGGAAGUGGAAAUAGCGGAGGAGGCUUGAUAUCUCAACGACCUAGAUCUAUUCAUUAUGAUCCAUCAACUCAUCAUGUCGGACCUCCAAGUAUAAUGAAGAGAAGAAGUAUGAUUGAAGGAGGACGAUAUAGUCGAUAUGAAGAUGAUAAUAUUUAUGGAGAUAAAUCUAAGCGUUCUGAUAGACGAGUUCAUUUUAGUCGAAUACGUACACAUAUACCUAGAGAAGAUAGUUGGUUACAAGCUUAUGGCUGGAGCAUGCCUGCUGAUCCAUCAUCUGGAAGAACGUCUUUGAACAUUCCACAACAUUCUAUUAAUUCAGGAACACAAUAUCCUGUUCCUGUAUUAGUUAAUUGUUGCUCCCCUCUUGCAGACUCUGAGCCAGGAAUGAAAAUGUGGUGUGCAGCUGGAGUGAAUCUUAGUGGUGGAGUUACUCGUGAUGGAGGGUCUAUUGUUGGAGCUAGUGUAUUUUAUGAAAAUAAUAUGAAAAAAAAGCAUAAUUUGGAAAAAGAAGAUAUAAAAGAAAGUUUGGAGUUAAAAAAAAUAGAUGAUGAGCUUAUGGAAAAUGGUAGAACUAAUAAUGAUUCAUUGCAAGUACUAUCCUCACUUACAUGGAUGUGUACUACUUCUAACAAUAAAAGUAAAGUAGUUAUUAUUGAUGCAAAUAAGCCUGAUAUAGUGCUUGAAAGUUUUGAUGUAUCAUGCCAAGCUCAUAUUGGUUGUAUAGCUUCUGUACCAGGAGCUUUUGAAAGUGAUUAUCAAGAUAAAGAUGAUCCUAUCAAUUGUGAGCUUGAACAAACUGAAGAGGUUAGUGAAAAGGACAAACAAAUUCCAAAAGAAGAUAAGUCUGAAGUUGAAAUUGGAAAAAUAAUAUUUGUUAGUUGUGCAGCAGGAAGUGAAGAAAAUAAUUUAAAUGAAGUUCAAAUUGAUGAAAUACCUACAUUUGAAGAAAAAAUGUCGGAUACAGAGAAACUUGAAGAUGAUAAUAUAACCAAUGUUGAUCAACCAGAUUAUAAUAAUAAAUAUCCGAGGAGAAGUAGCAUUUUAAAAGAAGGUAUCAUAAAAGAUGGAUUAUCUGACCCACCUCAUGGUAUUGGUGUAGCAGAAGAAGAUUUUGACAAAAUGUCAAGUGUUUUACCUACAGUAUGGUUAGGUUUUGAAAAUGGUUGCAUUUUUGUACACUCAGCUAAAUCUCACUGGAAAAAAUGUUUACAUUCUGUCAAGCUAAAAGAUGCAGUUCUCAGUAUUAUUUAUGUCGAUGGACGUGUUUUAUGUGCGUUAGCAAAUGGUACUGUAGUUUUAUUUCAAAGAGAUAUGGAUGGAUGUUGGGAUUUAAGCAAAUAUCAUAGUGUAACAUUGGGUUCUCCUCAAUGUGCUGCUCGAUGCUUAGUGUCUGUUAAUAGUAAACGAGUUUGGUGUGGUUAUAAAAAUAAAAUUCACAUUAUACAUCCUCGAACUUUAAUGGUUAUUCAUACGUUAGAAGCCCAUCCCCAUAAAGAAAGCAAAGUACGUACAAUGGUUUGGGUAGGAGAUGGCGUAUGGAUAUCUAUUCGCCUAGACUCAACAAUAAGACUGUAUCAUGCCUACAAUUAUACACAUUUACAAGACGUUGAUGUACAACCAUUUAUCAUAAAAAUGCUUGGUUCUGACAAACCUCAUUUAUCAUGUAUUAGAAUAACUGCCAUGUUAGUGGCAUCAAAUAGACUGUGGAUUGGUACUGGAAUUGGUGUUGUUUUAUCUGUUCCCCUUUUAGAUAAAGGUCUUUUGGGAUUUUCUAUAAGUAAAGAGAUGAAAGUAUAUUGUGAGCCUAAAACUCAAGAAGUGACUCCUAGUAGUUUUAUUCCUUAUUGCUCAAUGGCUCAAGCUCAAUUAUCUGUUCAUGGCUUUAGUGAUGCAGUCAAAUUUUUUGUUUCUGUUCCUGGAACUGGAGGUUUUUCAGCUGCUUCAGCUAUUCAGCCUGAUGAACCAAUCGUGGAAAAUAAUCCUGAUACAGAUAAUUUAAUAUCGACCAUGAUAAUUGCAGGUGGUGAAGGCUAUAUAGACUUUAGAUCCAAUGAAGAAGAAGAUGAUGAUUAUUUGGAUCGUACAGAAAAACAUCAGCUGUUUAUCUGGGAAGUUUUAUCAGAAAUGAAAAAUAAAUCUAGAAUUAAAAUAUGUGUUUCCUAAUAAGUAAAAUCUCAAAGUUAUAGUUAAAAUAAAUUAUAUUUAUUAAAAUUAAUUAUUUAUAUUUUAAUGUGCCAUUUUAAUCAGUAUAAUUUUUUUUGAUUAAUCUAUAACUACCUGUUUAAUCUUUUAACUUGUUAAUAUCUGAUUUUGUUACCUAAACUUAUCUAUUAUACUUUUAUUGUUAUUUAUCCAUACUAUUUUUGAUUUUAAUGUGCUGUGAUUUAUUUCAAUUUGUACAAUUAUUGAUUUAUUAUUGUUCUAGUUGUUUAACUUAUGACAUAUUCUUGAAUAUGAAUUUAAUUAUUUAUUUUUGUUUAUAAUAGAAACACAGAAUAUUCAUUGUAUAACAUU